AACUUAAUUUCUACAAACCAUUCAAUCCAUAUAUCAAAUGAGCAUUGUCUUGCAAAUCAUCGAUCGACAAAGCGGCGAUAUCGAUGUCGCCAAUAACUAUGGCUCGACCUUUUUCGAGCCGCAGCGCGAACUUGCUGGAGAACGAACCAAGCCGAAGCUGUCUGGACGAGAUUUAGCAGAAAAUUCCAAAAGAAAUACUAGCACUCGUAGUAACAAAUUAGCACCGGAGAAGAAACUUACACUCUUUGCUCUCCGGCUAGCAAUACUAGAGAAGGCGGCAAGCGGUCUCGGGACUCUCGGGUUCAUUUGGGCCACUGUUGUCUUACUUGGAGGCUUCGCGAUCACUUUGGAGAGGAAGGAUUUCUUGUUCAUCACUGUUAUAUUGCUCAUUGAAGGUACAAGAAUUUUUAGUCGAAGUCAUGAGCUUGAAUGGCAGCAUCAAGCAACUUGGUCUGUUACUGAGGCCGGUCGAGCGAGCUUUCGCAAGCUCCGGUCAAGCUCUCUCUCUGUUUUCCAUGCUAUCAAGGCCCUGAUUUCUCCACUUUCGAUCCUUCGAUCGAAAGGCAAUACCCGAGAUGUGGAAAGAGGAGCAAGGGAUCAAGAUCUCCGGACUUGGAGCUCUCCGGAGGUGCCGUUGUUGCCUUAUGCCGGAUGGAUUUUUCUUUCGAGAAAUAUUAGCAAGUUGCUGUAUUGGCUUCAACUAUUUUCAGCUUCUGCUUGUGUCAUUCUUUCGCUAAUGCGCCUUGUUCAACAAGAUUUCGGCGAUGUUGAUUCCGAUAGUAAGAACCGAAAGUCGGCUUUAAACAUUUUCUACGCAUUGGCAUUUGCCGAAGCAUUCAUGUUCUUGUUGGAGAAGGCUUACUGGGAGUGGAAGGUGAGCCAUUGCCGAAUUCUUGAAGAGGUGAACAAUGAGUGUGACUUGGGAGCAAAAGGCAUGAUUUCGAUCAAACGCUUUUUCUACGAUUCAUACUCGAAAUGUGUCAACGGUAGCAUCUUCGAUGGCCUCAAAAUGGACUUGGUAACUUUUGCUGAAGAACUUCUCUCUUCCAGUUCGCGUGAUGAACAACUCAUCGGCGCAAACAUCCUUGUCAAGUUCGCUACAAAUCUCGAGUUCUCUGAUGAGACGCUUCGCAAACUUGGCACUUCAAUGCCGGCGAUGGAGAGAUUGCUCGAAAUGCUUAAUUGGAAGAGCAAGGAAGAAGAGGAACUUAGAUUGUCCGCCGCGGUGAUAACUUCCAAAUUAGCUAGCAAGAAGCAAAAUGCACUUAGAGUCGCUGGAAUUCCCGGGGCAAUGGAGUCAAUAUCAUCACUGUUAUACACUGGUCAAGGAGCUAGCUCGAAGCCGGACGAGGUAUGUCGGAAGUGUAUUAUAGUUGACCGGAGUAACUAUGAGUUUUCGGUGUUUAAUCUUUAUGGAUUAUUGAUACUCAAGAAGCUUGCCAGUGAUCAUGACAAUUGUGGUAAGAUUGGUAAUACUAGAGGUUUGCUUGCAAAGAUCAUUGACUUUACUAGCACCGGAGAGUGGCUCUUCGGCAAUAGUUCGGCUUCAGAGAUACAAAUCAGAGCCGUGAAGAGAGCAUUGCAAGUGAUGAAAAUGUUAUCAAACACUUCCGGCAACACGGGGAAGAAUCUUCGUCGAGAUAUAGCUGAAAUAGUGUUCACAAUAAGCAACAUCCGCGAAAUCUUGCAGUUUGGAGAGAAGCAUUUGGAUUUGCAAAAAUUGGGGAUUGAGGUACUAACUAGUUUGGCAAUGGAUGAAGUUGCCAAAGAAAGGAUCGGCUUGACCGGAGGGAUGGUUAAGGAGCUAGUGAGGUUGUUUUUUAGGACGGCGGUAAGCGAGGAUCAUCGUGAGGUAAGUGUGGAGGCCGGGGAGGCACUCGCAAUGCUAGCAUUGGAGAACAAAAUGAAUUGUGAUCGGAUAUUGAAGGAGGAUGAAUACGCGGUGGCGCGGUUUGUGGCCGCAUUGAAUGAUCCCGUCUUGCAAAUCAACUCGUCGAGAAUAUUGAGGCACUUGUGUGCUUAUAGCUUGACCGAAUGCUUUUCGAGAGUAAAAGAAAUCAUCAAAGCUAUUCCUAAUGUGCUCAAUUCUGUCAUGGUUGAAGAAAUGAAGUUACUUGAAGUAUCACUUGGACUCAUGGUACAAAUAUUAAGGUUCACAACUACUGAAGAAUUCGCACUAGGACUUCAAAAAGCCGAAAUAGAUGAAAGCGAAAUAGCAAAGAAAAUGGUGGAAGUACUUAAGAAUUAUGAUUAUCCUUCAAUCAAAGUGCCGAGGAUUAGAAGGUUUGUGAUUGAGAUUGCAAUUUGGUUGAUGAAUUCAGACAAGAAAUACAUCGAAUUGUUUAAAGACUUUGGAAUGGAAAAGGAAUUGGUGAGUGUUGCAGAGACAACAACAGAGUUGGAAUGUUUCAAUGUGUUUUCAGGGAGUGUUGGGCUAAGUAGACAUUGUGUAAGUCUUUAUUCUCUAGUUGAUACUUCAUUGGACUUGAUGGCACAAGGAUGAAACAUUGUUAUUUAUUGUACACAAAUGAUGACAUAUGUACAUUAUGUUCUAAAUGUUCUAUAGUCAAUCAACUGAAUUAUUUAUUGAAUUAUAU